AUGAUCUACUUGAACGCAAAUUGCACUGUUUUCGAGAAAUACACCUAUUUGCAACUGAAUGUGCUGGACCAGGCCGCCUCAUGUUUUAGUCGCUACGAUAUUCGAGAAAUCGCGAUAUAUAUUUUUUGUAACGCACUAAUCGUAAGGUUGCUGAAAGUUCGUCGACAGCCCACGACCGCUUUCCCCUCUCUUGGGGCUCAUCAGACAACUGAAUGUGCUGCAUUAGGCCGCCUCAUGUUUCAGUUGAUACGAUAUUGGAGAUAUCGCAACACAUACACUACUCACAAGGGUGGCUUCUGUGGGGCAAAAGAUUACUAUGAAACAUGCUCACAAACUACCCAGCAUUUGCUUGACAGAACAUGCUACUCAGAACGUUACAUAAACCUCUUUGACUGUUCAUUUCUGGUUCUGAAAAAGGCCUCCGCUGCGGAGUUGUUCAUUAGAAAAUACCAACUCGAGAGUUACAGACUAUUCUACAGGAGAAAAAAACUCUCGUAUACAUCUUGUUUACAAAAACUGAAUAUCAGUCUUCUCCUUGAACGCGUCUUUCUGAACUUUCCUUGA